AAUUUAUUAUUUUUCAUGUUCAAAGAAAUAUGUUUCUGAAUCAUUGAUUAGGGUGUAGUCUAUAAGCGCAACAUCUCCUUCGUCACAAGCCUGUUCCUCGUCAUCACGACUCAGGUGUUGCGGUACGGAUGGGCAGGGCUGAUGAGGAAGUACGUGGUGGAGCCUGCGCACAUGUGGUGGUCGGUGAGACUGGUGCAGGUUUCUCUCAUGAGGGCGAUGCACGAGAAGGAGAAGCGGUGGAUGACGCGGGGCAAGUUCUUCCUGAUCGCGCUCAUCUGUAGCUUCGCGUGGUACACGGUGCCGGGGUACCUGUUCCCGACGCUGACGGCCGUGUCGUGGGUGUGAUGGGUGUUCCCAAAGUCGAUCACGAUGCAGCAGAUCGGGUCCGGCCUGAACGGGCUCGGCAUCGGCGCCUUCACCCUCGACUGGUCUACGGUGGUCUCCUGGCUGGGGAGCCCGCUGGUGACGCCCUUCUUCGCCACCGCCAACGUCCUUGUCGGCUACGUCCUGCUCGUCUACUUCAUGCUGCCCGUCACCUACUGGGUGCUCAACCUAUACAGCGCCAGCAGGUACCCCCUCUUCUCCAACGAGCUCUUCGACGCCUCCGGCCAGCUCUACAACAUCCACAACAUCGUCAACGACAAGUUCGAGAUCGACAUGGAUGCCUACGCGAAGCAGGGCAGGAUCCACCUCAGUCUCUUCUUCGCCGUCAGCUACGGCCUCGGCUUCGCCACCAUCGCCGCCACCUUGAGCCACGUCACAUUCUUCUACGGCAAGGAGAUGUACCAGAGGUUCCGAGAGUCGUACAAGGGCAAGAUGGACGUGCACGCGAGGCUGAUGAAGAGAUACGACGACAUCCCCAACUGGUGGUUCUACAUCCUGCUCGCGGCGUCCAUGGCGGUAUCCAUGGUCCUCUGCACCGUGUUCAAGGAGGAGGUGCAGCUGCCGUGGUGGGGCCUCCUCGUGGCCUGCGCCAUGGCCUUCAUCUUCACGCUCCCCAUCAGUUUCAUCUUCGUAACCACAAACACGAUGAGAUAA